AUGCCGCUUCAGCUAACGCACCUAGAAAGAUGCAUCAUCUCGGCUCUGGUUUAUUCUGUCUGCUUCUUGUUGGAAAUCGGCGGCUGUAUAGUCCUUUAUCAAGUAAUUUCAUCAGAUUGUGUAUGGGGACGUGAAAAUUCUACGCGAAUUUUCUUUGCAUUGAUUUGUGUAGUUGUACCAAUUCUGCCGGAUAUAUUAUACUGCAUUAUGGGCAUUCUAAUAUCGGAUCCGUUUUAUGCGCCCUUGGGUGGCUGCUAUAAUAUUGUGAUGAGCUGUUUUUGCAUUUUAUCGGCCAUAUUUGCAUUUGUCUCAUACACUGGCUGUGGUAAUCCAGCGCAAUUACAAGCGCUCGUAGCUGGCGUCUUAAGCCUUUUGGCUGGCAUAAUUCACCUGGUAUUCAUUUUAUUUGUCAAAGAAAAUCUCGAUGAAGGUGAAGUUUUGUUUAGGAAAGCAUUUUAG